AUGGCAAUAGAAAUAUCAGUGAUCAGUGUGGGAGCUGUACUCCUAGUUGUACUGCUGUUGAUGGUAAUGAGCUGUGUUUCUGAUCGGAGAGACAAAUCUGUGCGAAGGGAUCACAAGGGAAGUAAGCCUACAGGUGAUCAAUCUGGACUUCUGCACUAUCUCUAUCAGUAUCUUCCCUGCUCCUCAUCCCCCUCCCUCCCAGGCCCUCCUAGCCUCUUCCUCAUCGGCAAUAUGAUGGAGCUGACACACGAUCACCUGCCAAUUCACUUGACCAAUUUGGCACAACGCUACGGAAACAUUUACCGGCUGAAAUGUGGAAGCACAACCAUGGUUGUACUCAAUAGUAGUGAAGUAAUAAGAGAAGCACUGGUGAAGAAGUGGUCUGACUUUGCUGGGAGACCAAUUUCAUACACAGGUGACAUCGUGUCUGGGGGAGGGCGCUCCAUCUCUCUGGGGGAUUAUGAUGAGGAGUGGAGGGCACAUCGCCGUCUCGUCCACAGUGCUUUGCAGCGUUGCUGCCAGCAAUCUUUGCAUGACGUGAUUGAGAGACAGGCACUGCAUCUGCGAAAGGUUUUGAUGGACUAUCAAAACAGUGCUGUAGAUCUCUCAGAGGAUUUCACAGUGGCAGCCAGUAAUGUCAUCACCACUUUGGCUUUUGGAAAAGAAUAUGACAAGAGCUCUUCAGAGCUUCAGCAGCUUCACUGCUGUUUGAAUGAGAUUGUUGCUCUGUGGGGCUCCUCUUGGAUUUCUGCUCUGGACUCCUUCCCACUGCUCAGGAAAUUACCAAAUCCUGUGUUUACCCGUCUCCUGAAAGAGGUGGCCAGGAGGGAUGAAAUUAUAAAACAGCACCUCAGCAAUUACAAGUCACAAGACAAAAAAAAUGAGGACACCAUCACAGGAUCUCUCCUCCAGGGCCUUGACAAACAUCACAACAGCGAACAUGGAGUGCUCCUUACAGAUACUCACAUUCAUAUGGCCACUGUGGAUCUUCUUAUUGGGGGAACAGAAACCACCGCAGCCUGGCUCAACUGGACUGUAGCCUUCCUUUUGCACAGACCAGAAGUGCAGACCAGGGUGCACGAGGAGUUGUGCACAGUACUGGAGGGACGAUACCCCAAGUACAGUGACAGACACAGACUUCCCGUCCUGUGCUCUUUGAUCAAUGAGGUGCUCAGACUCAGGCCAGUUGCCCCAUUGGCUGUGCCACACAGAGCCAUCAGAGACAGCAGUAUUGCAGGCUACUUCAUCCCUAAGAACACAGUCAUCAUUCCUAAUCUGUUUGGAGCUCACCAUGAUCCUGCAGUUUGGACUGACCCAUACAGCUUCAAACCAGAGCGCUUUCUGGAAGGAGGAGGAGGCUCCACCCGUGCCCUGAUCCCUUUCGGAGGGGGGGCUCGGCUCUGCCUGGGGGAGUCUGUUGCCAAAAUGGAGCUCUUUCUGUUCACUGCCUACUUGUUGAGAGAUUUCCAGUUCAUCCUUCCUGAGAGCGAGGCCUCUCUGCCGGACCUGAGAGGAGUUGCUAGUAUAGUGCUCAAGGUCAAGUCCUACACAGUUAUGGCACGUCCGAGACCCUGAAAUGCAGAGGGCGUCACCGCUUCAUUGCUGCUUAAACAUUAGUGUGUCUGUGUGCAAAUGAAUGACUUUUAAAAAUCUUUUACUUGUAAAUAUAAUUGCAGAGCCUUCACUUGCAUGUUUAUCAUAAAUGUUUCUUCAGUUUGUCUGUAACAUUAGA